GAGGCUGCUAUCUUCCCGCGCGGGCACUUCUGGGGAGGGGCGGGACUGAUAGGGCAUUGCUAAGCAACAAAGAGGCGUGCAGAGUCAAUCAGGUGAAGGAGAGGAGCAGGCGAAAUUGCUGAGGUAGCUACAGGAUGAACCGCUGGUGAGACGAAUCUCUCUUCCGGGGACCUCAGGAGGCUUGGGGAAAACCGAGGCCUGCCAGUUUUCUCCACCCAAGACAGCCCCUCUGGGGAUACUACCCUAAGUUGAAGCUGCUAUUGGCCAUCCUGAAGCCAGACCUGGCACCUCAAGGUGAGGACACCUCACAGAGCACUGUUUGCCAGCCCAGUAGGAAGGGAGUGAUGACUAGAGGGAAGACCUGUAAUAAGAGAUGCAGACCCUAAGCCCAUCCAGGUCCCAAAGAUCCAGGAUCCCAGAAGUUCCCAAGGCUCUGGCCAGAGGUCACAACUCCCCUGAGCUGUUUGAGAAGUCCUGGCCAUCCAGCUCAGGGACCCCUUCCCCACCCAGCACCACUGAGGAACAGAUGGGUGCCUCUCAACCACCCACCCUAAUUGACAGUGGUGAUUCUGUGGUGGCCAGGUUCAUAAACCGGUUCCGCCAGGCUCAGCCCACAAGCAGAGAGGAACGCCAGACUACAGGUCCAACCCCAGCUGACUUUUGGUGGCUGCAGCCUGAAUCUCCAGAUCCUAGCAGUAAACUUGCAACAGCAGGAGCCAAUAAACCAGAAGGAAGAUUCAACACAGCAGUCCUGACUCUUGCCAAGGUGGCCAGUGCAUCACAGGCUAAGGCUUUGGUCCCUCUUCAAGAAAUAAAGCAGAGCCUUAGCACAUGGAACUCAUCCCUUCUGGACCUAGAGAUGCUGAGCCUGCAAAGCAGAGCUGCCAAGCUGCUGAAACACAGCAAAGCCUCUGUCUCCUCCUCCAGAAGCCUCAGCAAUGCCAACAGUUCCUCAUUCCCCAUCAGGUCUGAUGGCCUUUCUUCCUCUUCCAAGACCUUCACCCCUGACUCCAGCAAGACCUCUGACUCCAAGGCACAUGCAACUCCUGCACCAGCCACCAUCCCUGCUCCAGCCCUGGUCUCCUCCCAGGCAACCCUGCAACCAGAGGAUGACAUUCUGUACCAGUGGCGGCAGCGGCGGAAGCUUGAACAGGCUCAAGGAGGUCAGGGUGAUGGAACCUGGGUACCGCCAGGGACCUCCGCCCUCACUCCGGUCUCUGUCCCCACCUGUCUGCAGACUUCGCCUGCCCCUGCAGAGACCCUUGGUUCUCUGGGAACACAGUCUAACUGCAUCCCACUUUGGGACAGUGUGGCCAGGCCUCGUCCUGCCUGUGAAGCCUUCUAUGUGGAGAGGCCUCCUAUCGCCCCAGGGUUCUCUCCACACAUCUUUUGGGGCCCCAGCCCCAGUGGGUUUUUCUGGGCACCACAGACUGGUCCAUGGAUAUCUUCUGGGGGCUUGCCCUGGGCCUCUACUCCUAUGCCCCUUACCAACCCCCAGGGCCUGCCCAACCCUGAACCAUGCAGCCCUGCCCAGCCCAAGCACCAGGGCCCCAAGCCUCAGAGGGGUUCUACCCCUUGCCAAGAACCUGCUGGGCAGGUCACAGUGGCUGACCAAGGGCCUGGUCCACAGCUCAGAGGCCCUCUUGGUCAGGUAGUGGCUGCUAGGCUAUUUCCGGAAAGCCUGGAGGACACGCACUCUCCCCUCAAGGGCCUGCCUCCAUCCCUAGAUGAAUCUCCAAAAAUCAAAACCACACACUCUCAAACCAAGGUUAAACCCCCUCUAUCUGAUUCAUGGUUUCCACUGGCAGAGAUACCGCCAGAUUCAUCUAAGGCUGAGUUUCUGAAAGCCAAAGUCAUGCCCUCCGCAGCGGGGUCAGUGCUUUGCAAGGAAGUCAGGCAGGCUCAGCCCAAGUUCCCACCCCCUUCAGUUGAGGAGGCUUCCACAAGUGUCAAGUCCCUGCCCUCUCUGUUCAAGGCUGGGUCUCUAGAAGCUGUGGUCACAUCUUCGCCUGCAGCUGAACAUGCCCCGCCAGAGGACAUGCUCUCCCAGGCUGCUGGGCUUCUUCAGGCUGCUGAAGACUCCGACAGUAGCGAGUUUCAGGAGGACCCCAUACUGCAGGUGCUAAGGGUUCAGAGGGCGGAACUGCAGCGGCAAAAAAGGGAAGUGGACGCUCAGUUAUCCCUCUUGCUGGAUCACAAUGAAGACCCAGGGUCUUGGUCUCCUCCAGCCAGGUCACGACACCCUCCACCCUCAGGUCCCUAAGGAUGCUGCUGAAGAGGGAAGGGGCCUCAUUUGAGACCAGAAGAUUUUGAAUUGUACAAAUUCUGUUUUUCCCAAUGAAAUUUUUUCCAGUUUA